ACAUGCAUAUAUAUUCACACCAGAGAACGUUUAUUAUAAAUGUUUGUUUUUCCUAUAAAUAAACGAGAUAGCAAUUUAUCGACCGAAAUUUCGAUAUGAAUAUUUUAAAUUUUACAUAUAAAUACGAGAUCAACGGAUGAGUUCGCUUACGGGGAGCGAGCUAAUAAUAUUUAGUAAUAGCAGCGGAAAAUGGUAGGAAUAAUACAGAACGUGAUUGAAUGUUAAUAAUAUUAAAACUUCAUUUAAUUAUAGACAGUACCGAAACAAUAUUUAACGAAAGCACUACACAUUAUACCUAAUCUACAAAACAAAUUAUGUCAUGUUGCUAAUCAAUCAAUUUAUUUAUAUUAAACACAUAUUCUAUGCAACUUUUCUAUAUCUGCUAAAAUGGGUCGGAAUAAAAGAGUAUGUUAAAUUGUGUAAAGCAAAGGCUUCAAGGAUAAAUAAACGUUAUUUAUCGAAUAUAGUGUUUCAAUUACAUACGGUUGAGGUAAAAGCGAACUAUGGUUUAACAUUUAAGCCUAGAGGCUGCUUGUUGUGGUGCUAGUUCUUCCUCAAGUAUGAAUGUGAGUCAGUAUGUAAUUUUGGUCGAAACUCUAUUUUUCAGUUUUUAUUAAUAUUCUCUUUGAAAUAAUUAUUCAUUGACUCACCGUAGGUGGGUUCUGGGUGUCUCAUUAAGGAUCAUUUUUAGUUUUCACUUUUAAUUUUUGUGUUUAAACUACACCGAACAAUCACUAAUAACUAGUUACUCGUUACUUUUCACGGUAUAACAACGAGAUGUUUAUUUAAAACUAUUUUAUAUAAAAUUACACUUUUUGAUUAAAAAAAAGCUAGCAACAUUGUCGAAAUCUAAGCCUGUACAACGGUUUGGAUCACUUCCAACCGUACUAAAAUAUAAAACUACUGAACUUAAAACAGUAAAAUUUAUUUAACUAAAUACUUAACUCGAAUUCACUGAAUAUUCUUGGAGUUGCACACACAAAACUGUGAAAUUUGAGUGCAACUGUAUUAAUAAUUAUGCUAACUGGUUGCCGGGAAACCAAAAUCAAAUAUAAAUAAAUAAGAAUCUGUCGAAAAUUUGUACAGAAACUAUACCUUUUAUUUCUUUUACAAUAGCUUUAUUAUAAAAAAACGUGAGAAAACGUAGUUGUUGUAAAUGGCUUUCAAUCGUCGUCUGUCCUUUAUAGCAGAAUGGUACCAAGAGGAGGCAGCAAUUAUACGUACUUUCACUAUAUGUUUUUUUCCAACGGGUAAUGCAAUAGAAGUGUAUGAUCAGCAACACAAACGGACCUUUCUCCGACGUACUAAAAUGCCGGAACUCUCUGAACGCGAUUUUUUCAUAGGAUCAAAAAUCAACAUCUUUGGAAGGCAAUUUGAUAUCGUUGACUAUGCCGAUGACAUAACAAAGAACACACUCGACAAAUAUCGUAAAAAAACUUUUCUGCUUUUAAAAAAUAUCUGCAUUCAACAAUUGGGUCCCCUGCUUUGUGCUCUCAUUGAUUCUAAUUUUAGCAUAAACAGAGCUCUAAUGGUACAAUUCACACCCGAGCAAGUGAAGCAAUUCUUGAGCAAUAAACGUAAUGUUGAAGCAUCGAGCAUGCUGAUGAAUCAGUUAAUCGGCGGCCCUUCAAUGGGUUUCGAAGUGAUCGCUGAUAAUGCAGUACAAAAAAUGAAAUUAUGCAAAGAACAAAGUAAAGAAUGUUCCAAUGAUAACACGGUUGCUGCUCUUGUUACUUUAUUCGAACGGGAAGAAACUCGCAUAGGUAUAUACUGUCCCCAAGAUGAGGAAGAGGCCGAACAGGACCUUAAUUUCUUUUUUAAUCCCAAAAAUGGUUUGCAAGCCACAUUACGUUUAAAAAAUUCGACAUUAGGCAUCAUUAAACCGCAUUGUAUUAAAGAUGGUAAUUUAGGACGAAUCAUAUCGGAAAUUACCAGUAAUGGAUUCAAAAUCACUGGACUGCGUAUGAAUUUAAUGGAGCGAGUGAAUUGUGAAGAAUUUUUCGAAGUAUAUCGUGGAAUAUUGCCGGAAUAUAUUCCUAUGGUGGCACAGCUCGCGAGCGGCGUGAGUUUGGCAUUGGAAAUCGUUGCGGCAGAUGAAAACAAAAACAGCUAUGAGGAGUUCAGACAGUUUUGUGGUCCAAUGGAUCCCGAAAUUGCUAAAAUGUUACGUCCGCAUACCUUACGUGCCAAGUUUGGUGUCAGUAAAACCUUAAAUGCGGUUCAUUGCACUGAUUUGCCGGAUGAUACAAUUUUGGAAUUGCAAUAUAUCUUCAAAAUUUUAGAUUAGUAAUAUUUUAUAUUAAAA